UUCCUCCCCCCCCCCGCCCCGAUCCGCAGCUUUGUCGCCUGCAGGCCGUCCGGCACCAUGCACUCGCCGGGCUCCGCCGGCCCGGGCGACGCGCGCUCGGCCGACAUCAUGGACAUCUGUGAGUCCAUCCUGGAGAGAAAGCGGCAUGACAGCGAGAGGUCCACAUGCAGCGUCCUGGAGCAGACAGACAUUGAAGCUGUGGAGGCUCUUGUUUGCAUGAGCUCUUGGGGGCAGAGGUCCCAGACGAGACCCCUCACGCCGGUCUCUGAUUCUGGUGACGUCACCACCACUGUGCUCAUGGACACAGCUGCACCUGAUCUACCAAAGGACUUUCAUUCUUUUUCAACUCUGUGUAUAACUCCUCCUCAGAGCCCAGAGCUCAUGGAGCCAUCGACAGGGACCCCUGUUCCUUCCCAAGUAACUAAUUCCAAAGGAUGCAUGGUCACCGCCCUCCCCCCAUCCCCCACUGCGGCCACUGGAGCGCUGAGCAGGAGGGAGCCAGUGGAGCCAGCCUCAGGGUCCUCCUGCAGGGCUGUGAUGACGAGUGUGAUCCGGCACACCGGGGAGGGUCCUGCUCCUCCGUGCUUUCCAGCCGCCCCAACUCAAGAGCAACAACCGCCUGGCAGCGGAGAGGGACAAGGAGGGCUGCCGGGCCAUCGGGAAGCUUUGCAGGACACACGCUUGGCAGAUGGUUUACUUGUUACUAACUCAGUUUCCUGUCAGCCUUGCUUGCACAACCCUGGUGUCCCGUUCCCCACCUACAAAGACCAGCAGGCAGGAUGGCCGGCUGCCAUUCAGCCCUGCUCACCAAAGAAUUCUGAAAGUGACUUGUCAAGGAACACCCCUCUGAUUUCUGUCCCUGUCUCCAGUCCCCCGGUCCUUUGCCAAAUGAUCCCCGUGGCUGGACAGAGUGGCAUGUUCUCGGCUUUUCUGAAGCCUCCUCCCCAGUUGUCUGCAGGGAUUGUCAAGCCCAUCCUGCCCCAAGCUGCUCCGGCGCCCCAGCCUGUGUUCAUGGGCCCGUCUAUGCCUCAGGGAACUCUGAUGCUGGUCUUGCCACAGAGCACCUUUCCCCAGCCUGCUGCCUGCCCAUCCGGUGUCGUGGCCAUCGGGAAUACCAAACUGUUGCCCCUGGCCCCUGCUCCGGUGUUCAUCGCCUCCAGCCAGAACUCUGCCCCUCAGGUAGACUUUUCCCGAAGGAGGAACUAUGUUUGCAAUUUCCCGGGCUGCCGGAAGACCUACUUCAAAAGUUCCCACCUGAAGGCUCAUCUUCGCACCCACACAGGGGAGAAGCCCUUUACCUGCAGCUGGGACGGCUGUGACAAGAAGUUCGCCAGGUCCGAUGAACUGUCUCGUCACCGCAGAACUCACACGGGGGAGAAGAAGUUCGUGUGUCCUGUGUGUGACCGGCGCUUCAUGCGGAGCGACCACCUGACAAAGCACGCCCGACGCCACAUGACGACCAAGAAGAUCCCCGGCUGGCAGGCAGAGGUGGGCAAACUGAACAGAAUCACCCUGGCGGAGAGCUCCGGGAGCAUCCUCGAGCCCUUGCCGGCCUCGGGCUGAGAGGUUCUGCGGCGCCCAUCACUGUGGGCCUCCUCUUCCACCUCUUCAGGAAUGGGGAGUGGGACCCGUGUGUUCCUCCCCAAAAGCAAAAACAAAACAAACAAAAACAUGGUCUCUGGGCUGUCGAAGUGGGGAGCUGGUUCUGAUGGAAGUACGUUAACUUUCCUUUUCUGGUUGGGACCCUAUUCAGUGUCUCUUGUAUGUAUCUCUCUCUCUCUCUCUCUCUCUCUCUCUCUCUCGUAAGGAAAUGGAAGGAAAUUUGAUCUAAAUCACCAGCAUUCAAACAAAUAUUUCGGCAAUAAAGUUUACAGAGUCUGGAUUUUUUUUUCUUUUUACAACCUUUCUAGUCUGUGUUUUGUAGAAAUGAGACAGGGUACUAAUUUUUAUACUUUUUUAUAAAAAUAUUUAUAUUGUGCUCAAAUCACCAAUUUCUGGACAGACAGUUUUACAACCUUCUUUUCCAUGUUUUAUAAUGAAGUUUUAUAAUGACUCUGCUUAAGUACUCUUGGUAGUUAGUCAGAAAAAAAAUCAAAAUCACAAAUUUGUUACCGGCCUUUCCUAGCCAAUAUUUUAGGUCAGAACUGGUUGAAUAAAGAGCUCUUAAAGGGGGAAAAAAAAAACUAGUCAGCUUCUUUGUGUCAGUUCCAGGGGAGAGUCUAAGAGCAAUCCUGUAGCCCACAGAACUAAAAUCGUGGUUGGGUAGAAUUCGUCACGUGUGUCUGAUGUCCCUGGGGAGGGUGUGCCGAGUCUGCGUGGACUGCCGGCCAGCUAAGCAGGGGCCAGUGUGCACUGUGUUGACUUUGGGGCCACUCGUCUGCCGAGAGCCAAGGAUCCUGUGGCCUGUCUGUAUUUAAGCACCAAAAAACCAGGAUUUGGACACCAAAGCUUUGUAGAUGGUCCGUUGGCUUCUGGUGUGGUCUUGUACUGCAUGAUGGGUUCAGUGACCAUGGAGAGAAGAGCAGAUGUCUAUAUUGGUUGAUAAACUUCCCAUCAAAGUGCACCCUACGCAAAGCGAGGCACACGUGCACCGUGGGCCCUGGGGUUCAGAUGCCUUCCUUAAUUACGGACAAAACACUGAGGCACUCCGUGGAUGCCACUCAGCUGCCCUUCCGUUCAUUGUGUGUGAAGGAAAUUAUUUUGCUCAAACAAGACUUGGAAUGGGGAUUUUGUAGCUAACUUGAAAACAGAUCACAGGUGCUGCUUUGAUGCCUUGUGAGCAUGUACCCUGCAUAUAGAGGCCUCCUGUGCGUCCCAAUGACCACAAAAACUGGCUGUAGUUAGAUGUUGGGAAGUUCAGGCAGUGCAGUGAGAACGAUAUAUUGCACUGUUUGGGCAGCCUGAAGAGUAUUUUUGUGUGUUACUGUAUUAGAUUUUUCAUUUGCCUUUUAAUACUGGCACUUAACUUUAUUUAAAUGAUGGCAAGGUUGAACUAUGAAAUAGUAAGAUAAAAAUGAGGUUUUGUAUUGGGGUCCCCGAGGCUUAUAGAACCUUCACGUGGUCAUACAUUGUUAUGUUACUUGAUCCCUGUUAAGCUGCCUCUGGUAGCCUCCGAGCUUUGUAUGUAUGUGUGUUUAGGAAGUGUUGGGAUAGCUCUCCAGGUAAUCAUCACCGUUGUCUUUCAACAUAAAGUAGCCGCAGGAGAAACUAGCUGUACAUAGCUCACGAGUGCCCCGGUGGUACCCGGGUCCUGUCCUCCACACUGGUGAUUGUGCUGAGGGUAAUCCAGUGUGAAUGUCUUUCUUCAUUGUGACAUGCAGAGUGAUGGUCCCUGUCCUGGUGUUCCUGUGGGUCACGGAAGGUCUUGGAGUGUUCGGUUGCUCAUCCCUAGGACUUCAUCCUCUGACCAGUGUUGUUUCUAGAGUAACUGACGUGUUGAAAUACCUUUAGGGUUCCAUUUCCUGAGUAGAUUUAGAAACCCCGUCUGUGAAAGACCCCCACCAUUUGUCCACCGAAAGACUAUGUUGGAAAACAUUUCCUAUCUGAAAAGGACUCCUGAGCCCCAGAGCCCCAAGGGAGGGGGGACUGCUCCCUUGGGGGCCCUCCCUGACCCCCCCAUGGUGAGGCAGUACCCCCAGUGCACUUUAUUGCUUGAGCAAUUCUGCUUGAUUUGAUUUUUUUUUUUACUUUAUUGAGCCUUUCGGUAGUUUUAGUCAUAAAAAUUUAAAUGUUUUGAAUACUUGUGUUUUAUGUAACAGACUUUGACUUAUUUAAAUGAGUAUGUGUAAUGUAACCUUUUGCUUUGAAUCAUAUAAAACUUUCUUGGUUUGCAGACUGGA